AUGGGGGGCAGACCCAGGGCAGAGACUCAGAUGGCUGAUUUUAGGAAAGCUUUGGAUGAUAAUAGACUAUUUGAUUUAGGGUGGAAGGGAAACAAAUACACGUGGAGCAACAAGCACAUGGACAACACUUUUACUAAGGAGAGACUCGAUAGGGCUGUAGCUAAUCAAAAAUGGUCUGAACUUUUUUGUGAUAGAGUGGUGGAGACUCUGAAUGUAGUCCAAUCAGAUCAUAUGGCCUUAAUGCUUGACUUGAGACAGCAAUUCUUAGUGAAUAGAAAGAGAAGAAGGGUGUUUAGAUUUGAAGCAAAAUGGAUAAGGGAUGAGGAGGGUGUUGGGGUGGUAGAUAGGGCAUGGAGGAGGGCUGAUGCAGAUCCAAACCCGAUUAGGAAUAUCCAAAGAAAGCUGAUUGGAUGCAAAGGAGUUUUAAUUAGGUGGGGUAAUUCAAAAGAUAAAGAGGUGGUAAAUUUGUUGAAGCAAAAAACUGAAUGGCUGAAAAGGGAACAAGAAAGUGAAGGGCCUCAUAAUGCUGAACUAAUAAGAAAACUUCAAGAAGAGAUGGGGGCUUUGCUGGGGCAGGAAGAUCUCAAAUGGCGGCAGAGAGCCAAGAAAGCAUGGUAUCAGCUGGGUGACAAAAACACAAAAUAUUUCCACUCUUGUGCUACUCAAAGAAGAAAAAAGAAUUAG